AUGGUUAAAGUACUUCUGACUGGAGGCAGUGGCUUCAUUGCCGCCCACAUUGUCGACAUUCUUUUACAACAUGAUUUUGACACUGUUGUGACUGUUCGAUCAGAGGAGAAGGGCAAACAGAUCCUCAAGGCUCACCCCAAUGCAUCGCAGGAGAAACUCUCUUAUGUGAUUGUUCAAGAUGUUGCCAAGGAUGGUGCAUUUGACGAGGCCGUCAAGUCUAGUCCUGCAUUCGACUAUGUUCUUCACACCGCAUCUCCUUUCCACUUCAAUGUUCAAGAUCCGGUUAAAGACUUCCUUGAUCCUGCAAUUAAAGGAACUACAGGGAUCUUGAAAGCCAUUAAAGCCCAUGCGCCUACUGUGAAGCGAGUGGUCAUCACAUCAUCUUUCGCCGCCAUUGUGAACCCCGAUGAACAUCCCAAGGUAUACAGCGAGAAAGAAUGGAACCCAGUCACCUGGGAGGAAGGACUGGAUCACUCAAAGGUCUAUAGGGCUAGCAAGACCUUUGCCGAGAAAGCAGCGUGGGACUUUGUCGAGCAGGAGAAGCCAAACUUCGAUCUUGCAACUAUCAACCCUCCACUUGUCUUCGGUCCCGUUGUUCCCUACUUGAACUCUCUUGAAGCCAUCAACACCUCGAACCAGCGUAUCAGAAGCCUCAUUCGGGGGGAAAUGAAGGAGAAGUUAGCACCAUCAGGCACCUUCCUCUGGGUAGAUGUUCGUGAUGUUGCUCUCGCACAUGUGAGAGCCAUUGAAGUCCCAGAAGCUGGAGGCGAGAGAUUCUUUGUCACUGCUGGCUACUUCUCCAACAAGGACAUUGCGGAUGCUAUUCGCGAGGCCCACCCUGAGCUGGAGUCUAAGCUUCCUCCGAAAGACUCUCCCAGCGACCUUCCAAGUGGUAUUUAUGGGUAUGACAACAGUAAGUCCCAGAAGGUUCUAGGGAUCACAUAUGUCCCGUUGAAAAAGACAAUCGUGGAUACUGUCGAUUCUCUUCUGGCUGUUGGUGCUUAG